UUUAUUUAAGCAGGCAUUAAAAUGAAUUAUUAUGAUGAGGAGAUUUCAAUUAGUGGGCCAGAUUCCAAGAAUCUAAGUCAUUUUAAAGUAGACCGAAUACCAAGCAAUGGCAGUGGUCGGACCGCAUCGACUAAUCGAACUGCUACCUUGCGUCGCAGUAAGAUUCAUGGUAGCUCGACCGACGAUGAUGGCCUAUUGCAGGAUAUUAUUGAUCACGAUGACGAUGACGAGGAUGACGAUGACGAUGACGAUGACGACGAUGAUGUAAGUGAAAUGCAGCCGCGCUUAAUAGACGGUUUAGCACGCGGCACAGCUAACCAACGACCACAGACACGACCGGGCAGCGCGCGCAGUACUGCCAAUGUAUUGUCGGCUAAACCUCCGAUGCGUGGUGGUGGACUCAUUGUACCAUCCGAAAGUGAAUCAGAUGAAGCUGUUUCACCACAACCACAAAUUGAAGUUAUUGGAGAUGCGACAACAGUACAAUCAUCUCCGCAAGAGCAGCAGUUGUCCAUCAAAUCUGAAUAUUGGGAAAAUUUAGCAAUAAAUCAGGAGCUAAAAGAACUCUUUCCGUACAUAUUAAAAUAUACACCGCAAUCUAUUGAUACACCUUAUCGCCUGCAACCUUUCAUACCAGAUUUUGUACCAUCUGUCGGUGAUGUGGACGCUUUCCUCAAGGUCACCAUACCGCCACUAUCGAAGCCUCAACGUCAGCAAGAAAUCAACGAGUAUUUACAUAAAAUGGGUAUUUAUCUGCUUGACGAGCCGUCCGGUGAACAAUCGGAGCCGAGUUUGCUUAAUAUGAAAUUGCGUUCGGUGCUCACUGGUAGUGGUUCCAAUGCGCGCUCUGCAUCGGCUUCAAUGAUUCCAACUGCCAAAUCGCCUAAGGAAAUUGACAAGUGGAUUAAUGAGGUCGAGAAAUUGCAUAUGACCCAAACCGUGAAUGAUAUACAACCGCGCAAAGAGAUUGAGCCCUUAUUGAUGAAUUGGCCGCGCUCGUAUGCUGAUGCUAGUGUAGCUGUGCAACAGGCGUAUCAGCAGUGCCUGGAAGAUGAGGACGUUGCGCGUUAUGUGCGCACACUGUGUCAACAGUUCGAGGUGGAGGGGCCUAUAGAAACGCAGGUCCAUUACAUAAUGAGCGUGCAGACAUUGUUCGCACUAUAUUUGGCCGCCAAUCAAGCAUGGGAAUGAUUAGCAGAAGUCCUUUGAUAUUCUCGAAUAUAUGACAUAUUGAAAUAUGCACCGCAAUACA